AUCUGGAGCAGAGGGAAAAGUUUGUUUGGGAAAGUUUGGUUUUUUUGAAAAAAGUUUUGAAGAGCGGGGGAAAAAGUGGAAGACAGAAAGAGGCAUUGAGUUGGAGGGGAGGGGGAACGGGGAGAAGCCCCCUCCCGCCAUUCUCUCCCCCCUAGAAGAAGUGGCAAAGGAAUAUCAAUAUUUAAUAUAUUUGCAGAGGGAGGGUUACCCCCUGUUAGACUGCACCCACCCACCCACCCCCCAAAAUGGGGGCUUCAAACUGUGAAGACGAAGAUCUGGAAUUUAAACUGAUUUUUGGAGAAGAGGAGAAAGAAUCCCCCGCCAUGGGAGUUCCUUUGGAAGAUCUGGAAGCGGACAACCUUCCUACUUAUUACUCGCUGACGUUGGGGGAUCCCCCUCCUUAUGCUUCUCCUCUGGGCAUCCCAUGUCCACUGCAUCCAGGUGGGGGCCGAGCUGGCAUGCAUUCCCCCCCGCCCCGUCCGGCUGACUUGGACGGAGACACUUUUGAAAGCCAGCCGGCACGGCGCGUGCGCCUUGGAGGCUCUCGGGUGCUAGAGUGCCCGAGCAUACAAAUCACAACCAUUUCCCCCGGCCAGCGGACUGAGGAAGAUGACUGGGACUCUUCGCCGCGUGACUACCUCCUUCUAGAGGCCUUUGGAGGUUACCGCGAGGCACCACCAGCAUCUGGCUUCUUCACGCCUAGCCCUGCCAGCAGUGGUAGCGUCUCCCCGUGGAGUUUCUUUUCGGACGACGAGACACCUGCCGGGGAUGAUGUGGAACAUGAACUGAAUGAGGCCGCGGCACGGUUUGCCCUCACGUCCCCCUUGGGCUCCCCACGGGGUUCCCCCAAACCUUGGUCUUCCGCUGAUGAGUCGUGGCCAAUCUAUAGUUCCAAUUAUUCUCCUAGCCGGGGGACAGAGGAUGGAUGGAUGCUUCUGGGCCCACGCCCGGCUUCUCCCUGUGGCAAGCGGCGUUACUCCAGCUCCGAAACACACUCUUCGGCAUCCCCGUGUCUGUCUCGGCGGGGGAGCCUCGGUGAAGAGACCCCGGGGGAAUCCGUGGAUGCCGGUGGCGAUGUGACCCCUUAUAACUGUGCCGGAACCCGGCCGGCGGAGAGCAUUCCCCAAAAAGCCCGGAAGACCUCCACCGAGCAAACGGUGGCACUGACCCGGAAAGAGGAAGGGAGCUGCAACGGAGAGGACGGAGGCACUGCCCCAGUGGGCUUCGGACUCGGUGUGGCCCGUAAAGAAGGGAUGGAUUAUCUGGCCGUGCCUUCUCCAUUAGCUUGGUCGAAGGCCCGUAUUGGAGGCCACAGUCCCGUGUUCAGGUCUUCCGCUCUUCCGCCUCUGGACUGGCCUCUUCCCAGUCAGUAUGAGCAGUAUGAGCUGAAGAUCGAAGUGCAGCCUCGAACCCACCACCGAGCCCAUUACGAGACUGAGGGCAGCAGGGGUGCUGUGAAGGCUGCUCCAGGAGGGCAUCCCGUGGUGAAGCUCUCAGGCUACGAUGAGAAACCUCUGACACUGCAGAUGUUCAUCGGCACAGCGGACGAGCGGAAUUUGCGGCCUCACGCCUUCUACCAGGUGCACCGCAUCACUGGCAAAAUGGUUGCCACCACCAGCUACGAAUCCAUCAUCAGCGGCACCAAAGUCCUCGAGAUGUCCCUGCUACCUGAGAACAACAUGGCUGCCAAUAUUGACUGUGCCGGGAUCCUGAAGCUGCGGAAUUCAGAUAUUGAGCUCCGCAAGGGAGAAACCGACAUCGGCCGCAAGAACACGCGGGUCCGCCUGGUCUUCCGGGUCCACGUCCCCCAAGGCAACAGCAAGGUGGUCUCUAUCCAGACUGCCUCGGUUCCUAUUGAAUGCUCCCAGCGUUCUGCUCAAGAGCUCCCCCAGGUGGAAAGUUACAGCCUCAGCGCAUGCUCUGUGCAUGGGGGUGAAGAGAUGGCUGUCACUGGUGCCAACUUCCUGCCCGAGUCCAAGGUUGUCUUCAUUGAACGAGGUCCUGAUGGAAAGCUCCUAUGGGAAGAGGAAGCAAGCAUCAACCGGUUAAAAAGCACAGAGACCUUGCUGACCCUCACAGUCCCCGAAUACAAUAACAAGCGAGUGUCACGGCCGGUUCAGACGUAUUUCUACGUUUCCAACGGGCGACGGAAAAGGAGUCCUGCACAGCCGUUCAAAUACUUACCUGUGAUCUUCAAAGAAGAACCCCUUCCGGAUUCACCGCUCCGUACAUUUCCACCUGCCUCUCAAAGCUCUCCUUUCCCUUCACAACCCCUCCAGAGCUCCAUGGAUUUCUCUCCUUCUAGACCUCCCUUCCCGUAUGGCCCGGAGCACUCCCCGCCCUGUUCCCCCUACAGUCCGGAUUGGGGCCCUUGCUCAUUUCCUGCUCCUCCCCGUUACACCCCUUCCUUCCGUUUCCCAGCCAGUGAGGCCUACCGAAGCAGUCACCUCUCGGUGCCCCUACUAUCUCCGGGUGACCUGCCCCGCUUCCAUCCUCUGGAUUGCCGCCCUCCUCAUUUCCAGACCCUCAACCCUCCACUUGGUCCUCAGCCACCGGGGCACAGAGAAACCCGCAGCGAUGACAGGCCUCCGGAGUGGACAGAUCUGGAACUGGGGACUGAGGAGCCGAGCGCUAAAGAGCUGGAGAAAUCUGGGUUUGGCAGUGGCUUCCGGGCGAACCUUCCUGUCCAUGGGAUCACACUGGAGGAAGUGACCGAGAUCAUCGGCAGGGACCUGACUGACUUCCCCGAGCCAUCCUGCGAAGGAGGGUGCAGCUGAGAGACGGCCCGAUUUUAUAGCGCUUGAAUCCUCCCAGACAAUCGGAGGCUUCACUCGGAUAGGCAGCCUAGAGAAAGCCGCCCUUGGCAGGAAUUGCUUUGAGCAACGUAUUUUCGCAUUUGAGGGAAUCUCAUAUGGACCUGUCUGCCUCUGAGCUUCCUGCCUCUUUUUUUCCUGUAUUUUUAAAAUCCUUGCUUCCUUUCAUUCUCCCAGUGUUUCUAUAAGGGCGUGAUUCAGAAUUGCCACGGCAGAGUGACACAAUGGUACUUCCUGCAGUCUUUGCUAUCCUCCGAGGUCUUCCUGCUAGAAGCCCUCAGGAGGCUCGAAAGACCAGCUUUAUAGGAAUAGAUACUCUCAGCCCCCCCAUAGCUGGAGGUCAGCAAGAGUCUGAUUGAAGAUGGCAUGGGCUGUAAGCAUCCUGAGAGGUGGUCUCUUUCCUCUAUUCAUCAGAUCUCUUUUUAAUGCCCACUAUACUAGUGGAUACGGAUAUUGCAAUAUCCUUGGCAAUGAAUCCCAUCAAUUAACUCAGGGGUCCCCAACCUUUUUGAGCCUGCAGUUGCGUAGCUAAGGGGACACAAGGGGGCUAGAGCCCUGGGCAUCACUUCCUGGGGGUGCAUUGUAGUGCCACACCUCCCCUUGCAACUGCGCCCCAGUCCCGACCUCCCUGUGGAGUUCAGGGCAGAGGCACAGUUGAAGACUGGUGUGGGGUCUCACCCCCCAAUCUUCAUGUGGAGUUCGAGAGUGGAGCCAGCCAGCUGUGAGCCCACAGAUACUUUUGGAAUUCUGACACAGUGUGGUGGGUUCAGCCAGAUAUCCUUGGCUUACUUGAGGUACCAGUUCUGCGUAAGGCAGGAAGCUCAACACCAAGGGGCCCCUUUUUAUUUUGCGUCUAUUCAGGCCUCUCCAUCCUCCAUCUCUGCCAUUUUCUGUGGUACGAAGAGCCUUCUGAGGGAUACUUGCAGUGAAUUCUGCUUUCUCCCAUAGCCAACAAUCUCUUUCCUGUCCAGAAAUGGUUUGGAAUCAGGGCCCUGAUGAAGAAACUGCCAUUGUGUUUGUAGGAAAUGUUUACACAACAGGUAAAAAGAUGAUUAUAGGAUGAUAUACUUUUGCUUUGUUGGUUGUAUUUGCAGUUCAAAGUGCUUGUAUCUCUAGAAGAGACAGGGCAGGGCAGUUCUUGCCCGAACUACUUAGAGGUGCUAGUCCUCAUGGGCACUACUUUUAUUUGAGUCAGUAUAACAGGUGGUUUUCAGCAGGCCUGUAUAUGUAUACAGUUACACAUACAUGCACAUACUACAGGUGUUUCAGGGUAAAGACAGCACUAACGUUUCUUUUAAAGCAGCAGAGCUGCUUAGGAAUCAUUGUGCCAAAUUUAUAUAGACUUUUCCUCUCCAGGGUUGAACUCCAGGGAAACUUACAGCAGAAGGUGGCUGUGAGCAGCCCUGAUUGGCUGUUACCUGUGCCGUCGCCAACAGACCUCAUCCCCUCGAGCAGUAUUGCACUUUUUAUAAGGUUUCCUUUAGACAUAAAAAAGCAAUAAGGCGAUGAACAGUGUAAACAUAGAUGCAACACCUUUUAAACAAGUAAAAGGUGAGUAGCCCUCUUGUAGUAUGGAGGGACAUUUAUAAGCGCCAGCCCAACCUACAUUCGUCAUACCAGUUGUGAAAAUGGAGGGAAUCUGCUUAGCACUAGGCUUGGAGAUUCGGGUGCAACAAAUACCAGAUUCGGCCCGAAUCUGAGCGAAUUUGGGAAUAUUUGGGUGAAAAUCGGCCGAAUAUG